ACUGUCACGUGCCACGGACCACGUUCUCCACUCCCCCCCCCCCCAUACCCCCCCAACUCUACGAAGGGUCCCCCGCUGAAGAGCCUGCGCGGAGAAAAGCGGAGAGAAAAGGGGGCGGGGCGCCAUCGGUCACGUGCCUCCAUCUUUCCGGCGCGCGCUCCCGCCCGCCUGCCCGCCCGCUCGCCCCCGGUCCCGGCUCCUCCUCCUCCUCCUCUCGCCAUUGCAGUCGGACCGAGCAGCCCAGCGCACCGCGUGGUUGGGGGACCCGGGGGCUGUCGCUGGAGGAGGCAGCGGCGGCGGCGGCUGCUGCUGCUGGCGAGGGGGUGCCGACAAGAUAAAAGUGACAGAAUUGAUACAUCUAAGGACAACUGUCAUACGGUUUGAAAAAUUAGCAGAAAUUUAAUUCUCAGACACUACAAAAGAAAUCCCAAGAAAUAAAAAAUGCGGCCAAUGCGUAUUUUUGUGAAUGAUGACCGCCAUGUGAUGGCAAAGCACUCUGCUGUUUAUCCAACUCAGGAGGAAUUGGAAGCUGUUCAGAACAUGGUAUCCCAUACAGAACGAGCACUUAAAGCUGUGUCUGAUUGGAUAGAUGAACAGGAAAAAGUCAGUGGAGAGCAGCCUGAACCUGAGGCUAUGGAUGUGGUAGCUGAAGAAGAAAACAAAGAAGGGGGGGAACAGAAGACUGAGCACUUGACCAGAACUCUUCGAGGCGUGAUGCGGGUUGGCUUGGUAGCAAAGGGUCUCCUGCUCAAGGGAGAUUUGGAUCUGGAAUUAGUCCUUUUGUGUAAGGAGAAACCCACAACUGCCCUUUUGGACAAAGUGGCGGACAACCUGGGAGUCCAGCUUGCUGCUAUUACAGAAGACAAAUAUGAAAUAAUCCAAUCCAUUGGUGAAGCAGCAAUUGUAAUAAAAAAUACAAAAGAGCCUCCAUUGUCCUUGACCAUUCAUUUGACAUCACCUGUUGUCAGGGAAGAAAUGGAAAAACUUUUAGCUGGAGAAACGCUAUCAGUCAACGACCCCCCGGACGUUCUGGACAGGCAGAAAUGCCUUGCUGCCUUGGCGUCACUCCGACACGCCAAGUGGUUCCAGGCCAGAGCUAAUGGGCUGAAGUCGUGUGUCAUAGUCAUCAGGGUUCUGAGAGACCUAUGCACCCGUGUUCCUACUUGGGCUCCCCUUAGAGGAUGGCCUCUGGAGCUUCUCUGUGAGAAGUCAAUUGGAACAGCAAAUCGACCAAUGGGAGCUGGCGAGGCCCUCAGAAGAGUGUUGGAGUGCCUGGCAUCUGGAAUCGUUAUGCCAGAUGGUUCUGGCAUUUAUGACCCUUGUGAAAAAGAAGCCACUGAUGCUAUUGGGCAUCUAGACAGACAGCAACGGGAAGAUAUCACACAGAGUGCUCAGCAUGCUCUGCGACUUGCUGCUUUUGGCCAGCUUCACAAAGUCCUUGGUAUGGACCCUCUCCCUUCUAAGAUGCCCAAGAAACCAAAGAAUGAAAAUCCGGUUGACUAUACUAUCCAGAUCCCGCCUAGUACCACAUAUGCCAUUACCCCAAUGAAACGUCCCAUGGAAGAGGAUGGAGAAGAAAAAUCUCCUAGCAAGAAGAAAAAGAAGAUUCAGAAAAAAGAGGAGAAGACAGAACCCCCACAAGCUAUGAAUGCACUGAUGAGACUGAAUCAACUGAAACCUGGGCUGCAGUAUAAACUGGUCUCCCAAACUGGCCCAGUGCAUGCUCCCAUCUUUACUAUGUCUGUUGAAGUGGAUGGAAGUUCAUUUGAGGCUUCUGGACCAUCCAAAAAGACUGCCAAGUUGCAUGUGGCUGUAAAGGUGUUACAGGACAUGGGUCUGCCUACAGGGGCAGAAGGUAAAGAAUCAAGUAAAGGGGAGGACUCUGCUGAGGAAACAGAACAGAAACCUGUGGUUGUUGCUCCUCCACCUGUAGUGGAAACUGUUGCUACUCCCAGUGCUGCUUUUCCUUCUCCAGACCAGACAUCGGAGAAUGUAAAACAACAGGGUCCAAUCUUGACCAAACAUGGCAAGAAUCCUGUUAUGGAACUGAAUGAGAAGAGGCGUGGCCUCAAGUAUGAGCUUAUCUCUGAGACUGGGGGCAGUCAUGAUAAGCGCUUUGUCAUGGAGGUUGAAGUUGACGGGCAGAAGUUUCAAGGAGCUGGUUCAAAUAAAAAGGUGGCAAAGGCAUUUGCUGCUCUCACUGCAUUAGAAAAGCUGUUCCCUGAUGCUCCGGUUGCCUUGGAGCCCAAUAAGAAGAAGAGAGCACCGGUACCUGUGAGAGGGGGACCGAAGUUUGCUGCUAAGCAGCACAACCCAGGAUUUGGAAUGGGAGGCCCUAUGCACAAUGAGGUUCCCCCUCCCCCAAACAUUCGUGGUCGAGGUAGAGGUGGUAAUAUCCGAGGUCGGGGUAGAGGCCGAGGUGGAUUUGGUGGUGCCAACCAUGGUGGCUACAUGAAUGCUGGAGCUGGCUAUGGAAGCUAUGGCUACGGUGGCAAUUCUGCAACAGCAGGAUAUAGUCAGUUCUACAGCAACGGUGGGCAUUCUGGGAAUGCUGGUGGAGGCGGGGGUGGCGGUGGAGGCGGCUCUUCUGGCUAUGGGUCCUACUACCAAGGCGACAACUACAACUCACCAGUCCCCCCAAAGCACGGCGGGAAGAAGCAGCAGCAUGGGGGCCAGCAGAAGCCUUCUUACGGUUCAGGGUACCAGUCUCACCAAGGCCAACAGCAGUCAUCAUACAGCCAAAACCAGUACAGCAAUUACGGCCCUCCCCAAGGCAAACAAAAGGGCUAUAAUCAUGGACAAGGCAACUACUCCUCCUAUUCGAAUUCCUACAACUCCCCAGGUGGUGGAGGUGGAUCAGACUAUAACUACGAGAGCAAAUUCAAUUACAGUGGCAGCGGGGGCCGAGGUGGUGGUGGGAACAGCUACGGGUCAGGUGGAUCGUCCUAUAACACAGGGUCACAUGGCGGCUAUGGAGGCAGCUCUGGUGGUGGCUCCUCCUACCAAGGCAAACAAGGUGGCUACUCUUCACAGUCAAAUUACAACUCCCCAGGCUCAGGCCAGAAUUACAGUGGGCCUCCCAGUUCCUACCAGUCUUCGCAAGGUGGCUAUGGCAGAAAUGAUCACAGCAUGAAUUACCAGUACAGAUAAACUACCUUUACUCCCCAGGGGUGAAGUUUUGUUACCUUCUGCACUCGCCCCCUCAUUUGAAUAUUCAGUUUUAUUGCAUCACAGUUAACAUGUCAACCCUUCCCCCCAGGUUCCAUGUUGCCGUGUUCUGUGUGCUAUGCAGGCGGCUACUCUGAUGGUGGCAUCUCCCUGUAAUUCCAUACUUAGCUGUGUUUGGGACAUCUGUGUAUUUAAUGGUUUGUUAGUUACCAUUACAACUUUGUCUGAAUAGAGUUUUUGAGUUAAUACAACUCAGUAUCCCUUCGUCUAUUUAACAUUGGUGUUAGUGUUAACUAAGUUCGUCUUUAAAUAGUUACGUGAGGGAUACGUCAUCUGUUAAUGCUUUUGUGAAGUGAGUUAAACAAGCUUUCUGUAUUUUAAUGCUUUAGUGUUUCAGUUUUAUAAGUGAAGAUUUUAUUUUAAAAACCAGUGGGAAAGAGUGGGGGUUUUUUUUUGUAUGUCUGGGUCAUUCAGGCAGGACAUCUGAAUUAAGCUGAAUGUAGACAAAUAAAGAUAAAGAAAACUCUUUGGGCCGACGUCUGGCCUGCGUGUCUGUCCCACCAACCCUGGAAAAGCUGCCACCUCACCUGGUCCAAAGCCAGGGAGAGAGCAGGUACAGGGAGGCAGGUGGGGAAAGACAAGUUGGAGGGGGCAGGAUUUUCUUGGGGCUUCUUAAUUCCCUGAGCUUUUGGAAACAAGCACCCUUGGUAGGUAAAGUCUUCCUGUCCAUGAAGAGCCAUUAAACAUCCCCCAAAAUUAGAGGGGCAGGGGGUAGCGGGACACCAUCAAGAUAGACUGAGGGGGAUAAGGUGGGGAAGGCUUUCUCCAUGGGGAAAAGGGGUGUUAGAUUUUUCUAUGCAUAUGUGGGCUAGGCUAGGAUCCUUGAGAAGGCCCUGAAGCACAGAGCUAUUGUUUUGGUAGAGCCUACAUUUUCUUUAGCUUAGGGGUUGGGUUUGCAGCUAUUCCGGAGGCAGGCUUAAGGACAGAAGGCUAUUGGAGGACCAGCCAUUUGCUUGGCAUCUCUCCUUGCUUUGACUAGAGUCCUGAGGCUUCCUCUAUUUCUUGUCAUGGCUUUAAGGCUGCCCUGCCAAGGUGUCUUGUAACCAAGGAUGUUGGAGUGGGAGAAAUGAUUGAGUAAUGUGGAUUGAAACAGUCAUGAAGGGAUCUAAAUGCCAGUCCUUGGGGUUUUAUUUUUAGUAGUUCCGUUAGGCCAGGGUGAAGGCCUGAGAAGAUGGUAUGCUUGGGCUGGGUCAAUUAACCCUUCUUCGUGGCUGGUGAGAGGGGAAUCUGCUCAGGCCCUCUCUGUCACUCUAAACUUGGAGUUGGAGGUUUUAGUGGACUGCAAGCUCAGUACAAGUCAGCUCUUUGUAAUGGCAGCCAAAAGACUAGCUGUGAUCUUAGUCUGCAAUGAGAAAAGUAGUGUCCGGGCCAAGGGUGGGGAUAGUCCUUCUGUACCCUGCCAUAGUGAGAGUAUUUUCUUCUGGGUACCGUAGAUUAAGGAGGACGUUGAUAAGCAGGAGAGGAGGAAGAGGAGGAGGAGGGUAGUCAGGAUGCCAAAGGUUCUUGAAAGAGAUCAAUUAAAGGAACUGGGAUGUUGAACCUAGAAGAAACUUGGGAUUGUGAUGGCUAUUUCCAGGUAUCUGAAGGGCUGUCACAUGGAAGAGGGAGAAGUCUUGGUUUCUUUUGCCCCAGAGGACAGAACUAGGAGCAGUGAACAACUUAGGGACAAAUUUAGUUUUGAUGGUCAAGAAAGAUUUUUUUUUUUUAAACAAUAAGAGCUGCCUUGGCAAGUGGUUUAUUUUUCAGCUGAGGUUUGAAGUAGAGGCUGGAUAAUCACUUGUUGGGUAUGUCGUAGAAGGGAUUCUUGUUCAGCUAUGGGUCAGACUAGAAUGACCUUUGAGGUCCUUUCUAAUGCUGAGAACCUUGGAUACACUUUUAAUGCAUUCUUGUUCAUCUGGAGAAGCUAUUUCUGAAAUAGUAACCUGUCACUGAUAGGUUUAUAUUGAUCCUCUAUCUGGAAAUUUAGGUUUAUAUUGAUCCUCUAUCUGGAAAUUUAUUCCCUGCCCUCAUGCAACCUAUGUGACCGUGGGAAAGUUAGUCCGCCCCUCUAGACCGCAGUUAAACAGAAAAAUGAGAGGGUAGGACUAAGUGAUCAGAGGUGGUGUGGUAUGUCAGAUGGAGCGCUGGAGUCAGAAGACUUGGGUUUGAAUUUUGCUUCGGUUAUUUUACAAUCACCGUGACCUUGAGCAGAUAGCUUAACGUUUUUGAGCCUAAGUUUUUUCAUUGUAAAAUGAGGAGGUUGGACUAGGUGACAUCCAAGGUCCCUUUGAGAUCUCCAUCCUGUGAUCCUCAUGGAAUUGAUUUGGCCACAAGGGCAAGGAGGUAGGCUUCAAGUCCAAGGCUAAGAGGCUCCUCAUGUAACAGGGCAGUAGAUGGGGAUGAAGAAGGGCAUAGUCAUGGUUUGGGGGACUUCAGCGCCAAAGUCAGCAGUGAGAGCCUAGAGAGAGACAGAAAACUUAGAUCCAACAGGAACAUCAGUAUGUAAAACAAUUGUCCAUAUUCCUGGAAAUUAUAACCGGUUUUAUGCUGGGAAGUAGCCACAGUUGAGAGGUCGGUGUGCUGCCUAGUGUAGCAGUUUUCUUUCUUUAACCAGAAAUUUAGCAGAAAAGCAGACUUGGUAAGUAAAACUAAUUUUGUAUUUAUAAAGCCACCAACUGACAUAGCUGGAGGGGAUCUCUGGGGUCACCCAAUCUACUUCUUUGGGCCUCAUCUGUAGAUGAGGUGUUUGAAGUGAUUUGUCCGAAGUUUCAGGCAGUUAAGUUGAAGAGUCAAGACUCCACCUUAAGUCUUUUGCCUACAAGGUCACUGCAUUUCAACUCUCCAUUUACCAUGACAUGUCUGCCAUGUGGUAGGCUUGUAAAUACUUGCUGAUAGUAGGCUCAUAAAUACUUGUUGAUAGCACACUGCUCUCAAAAGUUAGUGGUGAGGCCUGACCCUGAGCAGAGCUGUCUGGGUGGGCCCCAGGGCUGGAUUUGGUUCAGAAAUCUUGACUUUUUUUCCUUCAGGUUUCAGAUACAUCUCUCCUUCCCUGCCUCAGUGCUCAGCCUUGGUGAUAAUUAAAUUCUAAGUUUAGAGUUGAAAAGAUAACCUUAAAGAUCACUUAUAGUUCACUCCCUCAAUACACAGAUGAGGAAACUAAAGCCCAGGAAGGGAGCAGUGACUUGAGUGAAUGAGAAAGCAUUUAUUAAAUGUUGACCAUUUCCCAAACACUGGAUACAAACAAAAGAGGGAAGCAGUCCCUGUUGUCAGGGAGAUCAUGUUCUAAUUGGAGGAGACGUCAUAGACAGGAGAGGUCAGGUGCAUGACCGAAGGGCCUGGAUACAGUGGGGAUGGCAGGACCCAGGUCAGAUGGCAGUGCCUGGGGGUCAGGAGAGGGCAAAAAGCAAGGACCACAGUGCUCCUCUGUUUUGGCAGUGUUUAUAGUUAGUGACUGCUCGUCCAAGUGGUGGGAGCAGCCCUAUCUUAACUUGACCCAGGUCUGCUGACUCCAAGCCCAGCACUCUUUCCCACUGCACCACAAUGCCUUAUCUUUCACCUGUUCCCUUUACCUGGUGGACAGUUAAGUGUACUUUUUAGUCACCUACAUGCAGGUCUCCUACUUGGAGGGACUUGGUUGGAAAAUGACAUGUAGCUGUGUUUCCUGAGAAGAUCACCUCAGAGGACACUGUAAGGUUUUACAUGACUAUAGGGACUCCCUGGUUGACCUAGAGCUCAGUUUGCAGUAGAUUAGUUUCCCAGGUCAAGGUCUUAUGUCAAACCCGUUAUGAUCUUCCUGGAGCUCUGUACUGUUCCAUUAACACUAGGCCUUUGUUAUAAUAUUAAGUAAUUUUUCCAAAGUAUAUAAACUAUUAAGCUACAAAAGCCUGAAUCUAAUUAAUGCCUCACUUGGACACCCUAUCAAAUGCACACUGUGCCUUUUGGUGAGGGGUCCUUUUGAUGCUUCUUCCCCCUCUCCCAUGCCAUCAUGGCCAGAGGAAAGUUUAUUUUUGUCACAGGCUUUAAUGGUUAUAUUGCUAGUCCAGAGAGCACAGUAAGUGGGAAACCUAUGGAGUUGGCCCUGAGGGUUCUCUGAAUAGAGUGGGAUCACUGUUCCUAUACAGAUAAUAUUGAGAACCAGUAUUGCUUGCCUCCUGGAAGGUAGGCCAGUACCUCAGCAGCUGCUGGGAAAGAAAGCCAUUGACAAAGGCAAAUUGAAGAUAGCUGCACUGGUGAAACUUAAUUCAGUACUAUUGGAAAGAGUUAGGCUGCAUGUGGACUCUGCCCCAAGCUGUUGUAGGCAUAGCCCGACAAACACAUCUUCCAAGUAGAUAUUCUUUACAUUUGGGGUAACACCAAGACCCUAAUGACUAGAUCCCUGGACAUCACGUAGCCAAAUCCACUGCAGUAGAGAGGGUACUUGGUUUGGGGGCUGACCUCUUCAGGUAUUUCUUCCCUUCUUGGCAUCCUGUUGGGUUCCACAUUCCUAUAAAUGUGUCCUCUAAUGAAGUUCUUGAGCUAGGGUCCCUUGGUAGUACCUGCUGCACCGGGAGGCUGCCUACAUGGUGGGCAAUGGGGCAGUGGCUACCCAUUCCAGUCCCAUGAGGAUCUUAAAGAGUCAGAUUGUGGUAUGUAUCUAGGAAGCCCACCUGAAGGAGAUCUUUGUGCUUUCUGUCCUCAUCCACCAACAAAUCCCGUAGGUGUCUAGGGAAGAGGAAUGGAGGCAGGUCCAUCAGGAAGACAAGGUGGACAUGCAUCUUGGGUGCCACAGCUUUGUGGCCCCAUGUGUGUUGGAUGAUCUGGCAUCUGCCGACUUCCUGGGGUUUGGUCAUGACCAACAUCAAAAGGAAGGGACCGGCAGGAUUUCCUAUGCACUUGUCUGGAUGGUUGAAGGAAGGGGUAGGUGUGUGCUUGCACCUUCUCCACAGGGUACUGAAUCUGCCUCUGGACCCUCUCAUUGAUGGGUGGAUUACCUUCCAGGAGAAGUAUUAAAAACCCUCUGAGGACAGCACCUGGCAAACCCUUGUAGUGUCCUGGGUAGGGAGGAGGAGCAGGGGGCCAGAUGAAGGAAAGGGACCUAGGUUACAAACAGUUUCUGUCCUCAGCCCUUUCUAUCCCCUCUGCCAUACUAGAUGUUUCCUUGUGGAGAAUUUGGUUGGCUCACCAAGAUGUAAAUCUGGGAGCAGCAAGAGAGGCAACGGCACAAUGGCAAAUGUCUGCUCAUCUUCCCCUUAAUGUGGCAGGCACUGGAUGGGGGCCCUAGAGAUUGGCCAGUGAAACUAUUCUGGGGGUAUCUCUUGUAGGACUGUGUCUUCUGCUCCGGGCUCUGAUCUCUUCCUCCCGACUAGGAACAGGGACUCUCGGUAUAGCUGGCCUCCACAUAGGCACUGGUAGUUGAGGGGCUUUGGUGUGCCCUUCAGCUUGAUUAGAAUGUGUGAAAGAGGUGGUUGGAUCAGUUAAGAACUACAUAGGGUCCCAUAACAAGCAGAUGCAUCUCCUAGUAAAGCAAACAAUACUGAUGUGGGCCAGGGCAGGUAGGGGUGGGGAUUGUGGACAUUAAACUGGGCAAGGUUCUUAUAGGUUUUAUUGGAAAGGAUUUAAAAAAUUCUCUUGUUCAUCCCCUGUCAUUUUGCUAGUGGAGUUUCAGAGAGGGAGCUACUGAACGAGUUGGUUGGGUCACAAUUAGAAUCUAGUUCUGUCUUCCAAACCAAGGGCCUUUCCCAUCACAAUCAGGCUGCCUUCCCUCCUAACCUGGAUUUUUUCUUCUCGGUGGCCCUCCACAGGAGACUUCUCCCAGCCUAAACUCAGCUCUCGGGGAUAGUGUCAGGAUUACAAGGGACCUUCUACCAGCUAUCUUUGUCCUACCCAAAUCCCUGCAGGAAUCCCCAGCUCAGACAACGUCCUCACUCCUUAAAUGAAGGUGGACCUUGAUUUCGCACAUUGACUGUUGCUGCCUGUCCUCUCAUUUUAAUAUUCAGUUUUAUUGCAUCACAGCUACCAUGUCACCCAAUCCCAAGUUCCUUGCUGCUGUGUUCUGUGUGGUCAGUUGGUCACUCAGAGGCUAGGUAUCUUCUCAUUCCACAACUGGCUGGCUGUCUGGGAUGUCACUGUGUGUCCUGGUCUUUCAUUAGCAUUAGGGCUUCUGGAUAGAGAAAAGGGAGUUAAGGGUGGUAUGGCAAGGUGAUUAUUGCUGACAUAGGGGGUCAAGGAAAGCUUCACUUAGAAGGUGACAUUGAACCAGAGAGCAGUUGUCCUGCAGAAACUACAAAUUCAAAAGCCCCCUGGGGCCUCUGAAAUUUCCCAGGAAUUUUUUUUAUUACAGAAUUUGUGGUGGGGGACUAGCCCCAAAAGUGCUUCAAGUUCCUGCUACAGGUACUACAUUCUAUUGGCUGUCAUCCACCUUCCUGGACAGUUCUUGUAUGUACCAACUUUCAUCGCAACAGGAAUUCUGGGACGAUUUGAAUACCAGACUGGAAGAGGUUCUCCGGUGUCCAGUGUGAAUCCUGCAGACUUUGAAGGGCCUGAAUUCACGAAGAUGGUGCAGAAUAGUUUCUGAGAUGGCAGAGGAGCAUCUAUUGCCAUGACUCCUCAGGAGAUUCAGGGUCUUCAACCCCAUGGUCUGGUCCAGCGUCUAUCCUGAGGCAGCUGGUCCCCUUUGCCCACCAGCUGCCCUCUGUGGAAUCGAAGAUAUGUACAAGCUGUAUUCUAUCUUGUUCUGGAACUAAAGGUCUGAGGACAGUGAGAUGAAAAGGAUCCUGUAGGUCAUGAACUCACAUGCUAUCUAGAUCAUUAACAGGCUCCCUUCAUCUUGGAUCUCUUAUCUUUCCACUCUCAUGGCAACCUGCCUCUCCCAGAAAGAUGCCUUAUCCCCAAUCACCAUUUCCAUCGUUGGCUUGUUCCUUUUCUUAGCACUCACGCAUGUAUGUACACAUGCACACACUCGCUGUCACUCUUUCAGGAAUUGGUACCAUCAUACUCCUUGUUCCCCUCAGAUUACUGCUUGAACACCCACUGUCACUGCAGCCUUUGAAGUUCACGCCAUUUAUUUCUAAGACCCAGCCCAGAUGUUCCUGUAAUUGUACCAGCUUCGGGUUACUUUCCCUGCUUUCUCAAAGAAUUCAGUACCUGGCUUAUAGCUUCCCUUUCCACCUUCAUACUUGUGGACUUCCCUCUACAUACUGAUUUCACUUCCUUGAACACGUUGACCUGGUUAAACUCAUAUCCCAUGACUUUAAUCACAAAAUUUCAACCUCUUAGAUGAUGAGAAAUGCUUGUGAAAGCAUUUUGUGUAUAUUGUCCUAGUUAGGCCUCAUCUAGUGUAUUGAGUUUAGUUCUGGGAUGCUCAUUUUAGGAAAUCACAUUGAGAAACUACAGUAUGUUGAGAGGAUGGUGACCAGGAUGGUGAGGGCACUGGGCACGGCCACGUGAAGAUUGGCUGGAGCAACUGGAGAUACUUGGCUUAGAAUAGAUUGGGGGGAGGGGGAAGAGUAUCUUUUAAGUUUUUGAAGGGCUGCUUACAAAAAAAUGGGUUAGACUUUAUACUACUUGGCCCCAGAGGUCAGAACUAGGAGCAAUUGGUAGAUGAAAAGAGGCAGGUUUCAAUAUUUCUUCACUGUUACCAGAUGACUUGGUUGGGCUAUUUUUGCGGAGGUUCCUAUUCAGGUAUGGGUUGGACCAGACACCCUUUGAGGUACCCAUAAGCCCUGAGCUUCAGUGAUUCUAUCAUUUAAAUCUCUUGUACCUACCUCACAGGGUUGUUAGGAGGAUCAAAUGAACUAUUGUAUGUAAAGUGCUUUACAAACCUUAAGGCACUGUAUAAAUGUCAGCUUUUAUAAUUCUGUAAUAUAAAGCACUGUAAAAAUGGGAAAUUAUUUUUUUCCUGUUAUGUUAUUGAUGGUGGCUGCUCUGUGUGUCUAGCUGCUAAUGACUAUCUGUGGACACUCCAGUCUAGGUGACCACACUGUUUUGAACACUGCCCCACUAAUCCCUUGUGUCUUAUUUCCAGUCCUAGAGCUUUGUGCUGGGGAUCUGGGGUUGAUGCAGUCAGGAAGCUCCUUGUGACUAAAGUGUAUGCCUGGAUAAUUCCAGCACCCUGAAUUAAGAUGAAUGUACAUUAAUGGGGAUGUAUGUGUGGGGAAAAAAACAUCCCCACUGUCAACUAUAUCCCUGACGGAUAAUGCUACCCCACAUCGACUGGUCAGAGGAGAGAAUUUGCAGCCUUCUCAGUGAGAGGCUGGGCUCAAACUUUCUCAAGAGACAGGCUGAAGGAAUAUUCAAGCGGGGCACCAGAAGAGAGAAGAGGAAAAAAAUGGAUGUGGAGUCAGGAAUCAUCUAAUUCUGGGGGCUUAUAACAGGAGGCUUGCCCUCUUCUGUGGUGGGAAGCAGUGACUGCAAACAUUCUCCCAGCUGUGGUUCUUGCCCUGAGAGGCCAGAGUUUCCAGACCACAUCUCUAUUGUCUUGAGAUGUGAUUCUUCUCAGAACCUGAGUUUCCUGGGUUCGAUUGCUGGGCAAGUUGCUAAUAGACCUUUAGGGUCUAAGUUGCUGUGACAUGUUGGUACACAGCUCAGGAAAGAGCCCAGAAAUCGAACUCAAGAGCCUCUUUUUAUCCUGUUCAACUAGCUUACAGUGCCAAGCUGUUAAGCCAUCAGGGAAGCUGAGACAGGAGGACUCACAACCUACAUUCCCUUGAAGCUUGGGAGGUUGUAGUUUGGGAAACGGGUGGUGAGAAGGUUUGCUGCUUGAUUCUUAUCUCCUGUUAUAUAUCUUUUGUUUUAAGUAAAUGUCCUCUUGCAUUGCUUUGAUGUCAUGUGAUUAAUUCUGGCUGGUGGGGUUCAGAGGGGGAAAAAUGGCUUGGGAGUAGAGGUUCAUAGUAUGAUCAUUGAUUUAGAGCUGAGAGUAACCUUAGGUGUAAUCAGCCCUCUCCUUUUGCAGGAGACUGAGGCUGGGAGAGGUUGUGGCUUGCCUAAAAUCACAGGUAGGGCACAAACUAGGACAGAGCUGGGGUUUGAACCCAGGUCAUCUGCCUCCAGAACUUUAACCACCACAUUCUGUUGCCAAGAUGAUGAACCUAGGAGCCCCGAGUGUAUGGUCCUCUACACAAAUAAAGGAAAAUGGGCCUGC